UAUUUACAUUGAAGCGCGUGUCGCGUGAUUGGUUGGCUUGGCUGACGUGCGUGUGUUGACGUUCCAUCAAAACAAAGCACGGUCGCGCGUCUCAUCGAGCAUUUUACCACGGUACUUCGUUGCGAAUGCGUCGUUUUCUUAAUAACGUGUUUCACGAAAGUGUUAGUUGUCUAUUCAAUCGUGUGUGCAUUAUUAGCUUUUAAGUGAUUAAGUGCGUGGAUUAUGAUGGCAUCCACUGUAAAAUUCACUUCGGAUGAAAGUUUGGGUGAAUCUUGGGUGGAAUUGAAUCCAGUUCCCGACAGGAUAACACCGUUACCGUUUAGUAGUGGAGGUGAAGAAUAUCUUCGAUUGCUUAGAGAAGCGCAAAGAGAUUCUUUGCCCUCGUCAGCUAGGCAUUCUUUGGCAUCUUCCCGUCGAGGCACACCAAGGGAUAGCCCAAAGAGUCCACCUAACAGUCCAAACACGGAAUUAUCAACCGAGGAUGAACUCAAGGGAGUUUAUAUAAAUUAUUGCUGCAACAAGGAAUCCGAAUUUCUGGAGAAGAACACCGAUUGGAUCUAUGAAUGGAGUUCGCGUCCGGAUCAAGCACCACCGAAAGAUUGGAAAUUCAAGCAUCCUCAGGGAAUGAAUAAAAGAAAAUCUUAUAGCAUUCGUACAACGAAAGUGGGAAAAAUUGGAUUGUUCUCAAAAGAAGUCCUUUAUACUCUUGUUAUCACGAAUAUUCUAUCCGUUUUGGUUGGAGCUGGCUUGGGGGUUUGGUUGUCCAGGCGGGGAUCGAUAACGACCAGCGUGACCAUCGAGUGAAAAAAAAAAGACCAGUACACGAAAGUCAGGAUUGCUGCGUUGGAGUUUGCGAGAAUACGGAGUAUAGGGUUGGUCUAUUUCGAGCCGCUAGAAAGACUGAAAAGCCAAGAAAAAAGGGUCGAUCGAGCCUAACAAAACACACAACAUAUUAUUUCGAUUACCACAAUUUAAUAUUAGCACUUUUUAUUCUAUUCUUCCCUGCCCGAAAGAAACUUAACUUACGGUGUACUUUAUUGAACGCCGUAUUAUUGUGUAAGUCAUAUGCAAUUAUAUGCUUAAAAAAAUGCUUAAAAAAAAAAAAAAAAAAAAAAAAAAAAAAAAAAAAAAAAAAAAAAAAAAAAGAAAAGAAAAAAAAGAAAAAAUAAUAUGGUUAUAUAUUUAGCGUUGUUGAGGAAAUAAGAUAAUGUCCAUUUUAUACCAUUUCUAAUGCGUUUCUAUCAGCGAUAGUCUGUAGGUAUAGCUUGGAUAGUAUUUAUCGAUAACAAUUAUUAUUCGUUAAUUGAACAGAAAAUAAAGAUUUGAGAAAAAAAAAAUAUAAAGAAUAUUUGCGUAGAUAUAUAUGUAUAUGAAACGUUUUGUGUAUGAAAACGGUUAGGAAAAUGAGAGCGUGUAUGAAAAGAAGGAAAAGAAAGAAAAGAUUUUUUGCGAUGAGAGAACGAUUUAUGCAGUGUUGAUUACAUCUUUGUUUAGAUUACGAAUAUUCUGCUGCACUAAAAUUUGUGCGUUCGAUGUUGGUACGAACCCAAGAGGCGUCUUUGCUAGUUGUUUCGUAAAGCGAAAUGUGAUAGAAAAGGUGGUAUUUAAUUAAUGGAAUUUCAUCCUUUUAUUGAAUUGAAAGGAACGAUCGAUAUGUUUUUACAACGUACAUUACGAUGAUACGAUUGUUUAAGCAUGUGGUAAGUUUGAUUAUUCGUUCCGUUCUCAUACACUUUGGAUUUUAUAUAGUUACGACCCUUAAACGAGAUGU